AUGAAGGUGGACAGGAAUGUCUCUAACUGCACAAUGUAUCCUCCUGCAGCACUGAGGUCUGAGCCCUUCCUUGUGCUGACGCUCAGCAAAUUGCGUUUUGUGCUGAGGCUGGUGGAGACCGACCAGAUGAAGCGGGCGCUGUGUGGAGUUGUGGAAGGCUUUGCCCGAGCUGCCAACCUGAAAUUCCACAUCGGGGACAAGAGCCCGUUCCCCAGCUGUCGGGCAGCCGACUACGGUUUUCACGUGCUCCCUUUCUUGAACUUCAUGAGCAGCAGCUGGCUGACAAGCGAGGACCUGGAGAGUCUGAGCCAGAUCUUGGAGGUGGCCUAUGAUUUUGAGGUCCCUCUCCCCGAUGGGAAACUCAAGAGCAUCUGCUUUGCCCUGCACACCCAGGUGUGUGAUAUCGCACAGCUGCCGGGAUCAGAGAACCAGGUCAAGGUGUUCUACUGUCUCCGCCUGCUCGCCUGUCUCUCCCCAGACCACUGUAUUUCCCUUGUGGGCUCCCGGCUCAAGACUGACAAGGAGGGAAGCCGCGUGGCAUCCCUCUCCAUCUUUAGUGACAUCAUUGCUGCUGACUUGCCGGAGAUGAGCCAGAAAAAAUAUGCAAUAGUCAAGGCCAUGAGGUGCACGCUUGGUGAUCAGAGCACUGAGGUGAGGUGCUUUGUGAGUAGUGGCUGUGCUGGGGAUGGCACAUGGACCUGACACAAAAU